AUGGAGAGGAGGCUUUAUGAUGCUGCAGUGGAAGGUGAUGCCACCACUCUUUCCCAGUUACUUCAAGGAGAUCCACUGGCUCUUGCUAAAGCCGCUUUGAAGUGCGACGACAAGAAUCCUCUUCACAUAGCAGCAAUAUUGGGCCAUGUAGAUUUUGUAAAAGCAAUCUUACAAGUUGAUCUUGCUUCUAUUAUGUGUUUGGCCCGUGAUCAAGAUGGCAGAAACCCUUUACAUCUUGCUGCCAUGUAUGACAGAUUGGAAGUCUUGCAAGAGCUACUUGAUGCAGGAUCUCAAGCCAAUUUUGCUCAUUCUAUGUGUUUGGCCCGUGAUGGAGAUGGCAGAAACCCUUUGCAUCUUGCUGCCAUGUAUGGAAGAGUGGCAGUCUUGCAGGUGCUAAUUCGUGCCGGAUUUCAAGCAGCUCUCGAGAAGACAGACGGCGGGGGAACCAUUUUGCACCUCUGCGUCAAAUACAAUCAGCUGGAAGCAUUGAAGAUGCUGGUCGACAUAUUAAAACAUCCAGAGUUUGAGAAUACAAAAAAUGAGGAUGGCAUGACCAUAUUGCACCUGGCCAUGUACUAUAAGCAACAUGAGACUGUGAAGUACAUAUUGCAGAAGAGCGGAGUUGACAAUGUCAAGUUUGAAAUGGCACGUCUUGGACAUACGACUGGGGCCAAGACAAGCAACUUUUCGACGGGAUUACAGAAUUUAAUAACCGAGAGUCGUAGUUGGAUACAGGUGGCAUCCUCAAUUAUUGCAACAAUGGCUUUUCAGGCUGCAAUGAGCCCUCCGGGAGGCGUUUGGCAAGACGAUCUAAUAGUAGACUCACAGGGUACCCCGGUGCCAAAUCCACACAGAGCAGGAGAAGCCAUAUUGGCAUAUGCUCAUCCCCGAAGAUAUCAACUUUUCGUUUUUACAAGCCAAAUGUCCUUUUGGGCAGCUCUGUUGACAAUCAUCAUCACCAUCUGUGAUUUUACAGGAAGUUUGGCUCGGCUUCUGCUGUCGCUGUUGCUCUACAUAGCAAUUGUCACACUAACGACAACUCAAUAUAUAUCCAUCAUUUCGGUAUACCCUAAAGGCCUCACACAAAAGCGAAGUCAGCGCACAGCUCUGGCUGGAUUGCUGCUGCUGUAUGGUAGUGUUUGCCUUCUUGGUGGGAUGCUGGUGAUCGCAGUUGUUUGGAGGAAGCUCAAGAGGAAAAAUCCUGCACAGCUUAAUCAUCUAGGAGAACCUCGGGAUUCAGCUGCUGCUCAUGUGUAG